AUGUCUCUCGCGUUUAUAGGUAUUGUUGUUGGAGCGGUGGCCAUAUAUUUUCUUUGGCCCAAGGGAGAGUGCAAGACUUCCAAAUCUGAACGGAAAAGAAGUUCCCCUACUAAAAACAUAGCUUCCCCAGUAUCUGCUAACUUAGAGAAUACUCAAAAAUCUACGAGAUCGACGAAGGAUGAUAAUAGUGUUCAAAACUCCAGAAUGAGAAAAGAUCGCAGAUCAAACUUAUUUCAAACAGAAUCCAUUUCUCUUAUUCCGAAAGUUAUUCCGACUCCUCCUGAGAAACCAAUCGUUGCCGUGAUGGAAUCAUCAGUCUUAGAAUCUAAGAAAGCGCCGAGCAACAUGUCUUCGUCAGAACUACAAUUGCCUCCAAGAAAUGUCGAGAUCUCCAGAAUAAAUUAUGAGGAUGACGCACCAACAGCUCGAGAAAUUUCGACUCCUACAUCAGAAGCGAGCAUUCCUAAAACCGCAAACGAAAUUUCGGAAACACCUCAGAAAACCAAGAUACCUACUCUUGGAGGAGUCGAAAUCAGCCCACUCGUCAUUCCUAAAAAAACUGAAUUGGAUGGUAAUAGUACGAGAACAGCCAAUCCUAUGGAAGAGAAGGAAAACAAAAUGCAAACGCCAAAGAUGAGCACUCCACCAAAAAAAAUUGAAACUCCAAGCAAACAAACCCAAAAAAUUGAAAAACCAAAAGUGACCCCAACAAAAUCUGAUAAACCCUCAGUAGCAAAAGAAGAGCCGAAAAAGAGCAAUGCGGCUAAGCCGACUCCAACUGUACCAGCUGCAGCUGCCCCUGCUACACCAUCUAAGAACAGCAGCAUUCGCAAUGAAAUCAAAAAGGCAGGCGAAAACGAGAAGUCAGGUCGAAAGGAUAAAAAAGAUAAAUCCAGUCGUCAAGAUAAAAACGAGAAAAAGAGCAAAAAAGAAAAAUCCUCAACAAACUCGGAUAGAAAGAAAGACAAGAAAAGCAAAAAGUCAUCAUCAAAACAACCUAAAAGUGGAGAUGGAGCCUAG